AUGGCAGGGGAGGCCUCACCUCAGCUGCUGUCCGCGCCCCCGCUGGACGUGCUCGUUGUCGAGACCGCAGCGCAGGCCAGGGCCGUGGUAGACCAGCUGCUGCGCCUGGCAGAGGACGGCGUCAGGAACCCGGCGACCGGUGCGGUCGAGCAGGCGUACUUUGCAUGUGAUACGGAGGUUGCAGGGAUUGACGUGAAGGAGGAGAGCCCCGUGGGCCACGGCGUGGUGACGUGCUUCUCGGUGUACGCGGGCCCCUGGCUCGACUUUGGGGCCGGCGGCGGCGGCGGCGGCGGUGCCGGGGCCGCAGUGGCGAAGCCGCGGAUCUGGGUCGACCUGCUGAAGGGCUGGGAGCGGCGCGCGCGCGCGCGGCAGCAGGCGGAGCGGCGCGUGGCGGACGAGGAGGGGCGCAUCGCGGAGCGGCUGCGGGCGGAGGAGGAGGAGGCGCAGCGGGCGGCGGCGGAGGAGCUGCGGGCGGCGGAGGAGGCGAGGAAAGCGCAGGAGGCCGCUGCCAAGGCUGCCGCCAGAGCGGCGGCCAAGGCAGAGGAGGCGGCGGCCAAAGCCGAGGCAAAGGCAGCAGCAAAGGCGGAGGCGAAGGCGAAGGCAGCGGCGGACGCAGCGGCGGAAGCAAAACCGGUGGCAAAGCGGGUCCGGAAGACCCGGGCCAGCGUGGCGCAGGCCGCUGAGGGGCCCGCCGGCGAGGCCUCGACUGAGUCAGCUGCUGCGCCCUCGCGCGUGCCCGGGGACGCGCCGGCCGCGGCCGCGCCAAAGGCGGCGCGCAAGCGGAGGACCAAGGCGGAUAUCGAGGCGUCGGCGCAGGAGGCAGGGGCCGGGGCGCCGGCUGCGGCAGAGGAGGCGGCAGCGCCGGCUCCCAAGCGGCGGGCGACGCGCAAGAGCAAGAAAGCACUGGAGGCAGCGGCCGAUGCGCAGCAACACGCGGUCGAGGCGGCGGUGGCGGCGCCAGCGGAGCCACCAGACCCGAGCGCCGCGCCGGCCGCCGCGCCCAAGCGGCGCGGUCGCAAGCCGAAGAGCAGCUAUGUCGCGGCCGCGGCCGAGGACGCGGGCGCCGGCCGCGGCGGCGGCAUUGUCGCCGCGUUUUCCCUGGACAGCGACUGGGCCGUCAGCGUCAGCAGCAACGGCAGUGGCGGCAACGGCGUCGCGUGGGGUGCCAACGGUGGCUCUCACAGCGAGGCGGCCCAAGAAGCGGUCUCUGACUGCGCCAGCGGCGUCGGCGGCGCCAGCGCUGCAGGGAGCGGCGCGGCAUGGGGGCCCCUGUACCUAGAUGAGGGCGAGCCGGAGCUGCCUCCGCCGACGCUGCAGGAGGUCCUGGAAGACAAGGAGGCGGCCGGCAUACUGCGGGAGUUUUCGCGGUUCUUCGGGGACGAGCGCGCCAAGAAGGUGUGGCACAACUACGGCUUUGACCGACACGUCCUCUCCAACAUGGGCGUCCACUGCAAGGGCUUCGGCGGCGACACCCUGCACAUGGCACGCCUGCACGACGCCAGCAGGAAGCUGCAGGGCGGCUACUCGUUGGAGGGCCUCUCCUCGGACCGCAAGCUGCUGGAGGUGCUGGAGGCAGACCUGCAGGCGGAGGCGCUACUGCCAAAGCGCGGCAUGAAGGACCGCUUUGCGCGGCCAAAGCGCAAGGGCGACGGCUCGCCCACCAAGGCGCGCUUCAUGCCGCCCAUGCACGUCCUGCACACCAGUGAGGCAACGCGGUACGAGUGGGUCGACUACUCCGCCUUGGACGCCAAGGCCACCUGGAACGUGCACCGCGCCCUCAAGGCCCACCUGGAGGCCCACUAUGCCUACAUGGAUGACUACCUCGCCCACAAACUCGGCCUGGGGCCAGAGCCCCGGCCAAAGGCGGCCCUGCCGGCACCACAGCAGCAGCAGCAGCAGCCGGCGCCCGCACGCGGCCCCCGCCGCAGGGUCCCCGCGGGGCCCGGCGCGGCCCAGCUUGCGAGGCCGGGCGGCGGCAACGGCGGCCUCAACGGGGGCAGGAACGGCGGGCACGUCGUGGGCGCGAUGAGCGUGGUCGCGGCGGCGGCGGUGGCGGAGCCGGCUAGGGCCCCGGCUCAGGGCGCGGCGGGGAGCUCGGCGCUGACGCAGAUGGACGUGUACAGGCAGUACUGGCUGCCGUUUGGCGAGCUGCUGACAGACAUGGAGCAGGCGGGCGUCAGGGUCAACAGGGAGCACCUGCGCACCCAGGAGGCCCAGGCAAAGCUCGAUCAGGCGGCGGCGGAGGCCUACUUCCGCGAUUGGGCGCAGGCCAAGGUGCCGGCCGCCAAGUACAUGAACAUCAGCUCCGGCCUGCAGAUCCGCCAGCUGCUGUUCCCUGACGCCGUCGAGGACGGCAGCGGCGUGCGCGUGUUCAAGGCGGAGAACCCGGACCACGAGCGCGGCAUAGCGGAGGGCUGGAAGCCCAAGCCCCUGCGGUUCGUGGACAUGCCGCUGCACGGCAUCUGGGGCCAGGGCGUGCCCGGGCGGCUGCAGGUGGAGGUUACCACCGAAAAGGGAUCCCCUGCCGUAAGCACCGCCGUGCUGCGUUCCUUGGCCGGCAAGCCCGGCGCCGCCUUCAAGGCCCUCCAGGAGCUCGACGGCACGGCAGCUGCCGCUGCGGCAGCUUCCCGCGACCUCAUCCCCAUCGUCGACACGUUUGAUGACGAGGGGGGCGACGAGUUUGGCGGGUUUGGGGAUGAUGCGGCUUCAGCGGCGGACGGCGGCGGCGGUGGUGGCGCGGCGAAGCAGCGGAGGACGAGCAGGCGCAGCCAGACAGCGGCGGCGGGUGAGGGGCAGCAGCAGCAGGGGCAGCAGCAGCAGCAGCAGUGGCAGGCGGAGGACGGCAGGAGCCAGGAGGAGCUUUCGGCGGAGGCGGCGUCCAAGGGGUGGGGCAAGAUGUACGCGGCUAUGGGUGGCGGCCGGGAGGGGCUGUGGGCGUGCGCAGCCAUAGAGAAGCUCUGUGAGGUCAGCGCCAUCGACAAGCUGCUGUCAGCCUUCAUCGUGCCCCUCCAGGGCGAUGACAUCAGCACGCCCGACGCCGAGCGCGGCGGCCACCGCGUGCACUGCAGCCUCAACCUCAAUACGGAGACGGGGCGGCUCAGCGCGCGGCGCCCAAACCUGCAGAACCAGCCGGCGCUGGAGAAGGACCGCUAUAAGGUCCGCAAGGCGUUCUGCGCGAGCGAGGGCAACACCCUGAUCGUGGCGGACUAUGGCCAGCUGGAGCUGCGGCUUCUGGCCCACAUGGCGAACUGCCAGUCCAUGCUGCGCGCAUUCGAGCUGGGGGGAGACUUCCACAGCAGGACUGCCCUGGGCAUGUACGACCACAUCAAGGCCGCCAUUGACAAGGGGGAGUGCCUGCUGGAGUGGGACGGCGGCCCCGACCACGCGCCCUGCCCCGUGCCGCUGCUCAAGGACAAGUUUGCCAGCGAGAGGCGCAAGGCCAAGGUCCUGAACUUCAGUAUCGCGUACGGCAAGACCGCCCACGGCCUCAGCAAGGACUGGGGGGUCAGCCUCAAGGAGGCGGAGGAGACACUGAAGAGGUGGUACGCGGACAGGCCGGAGGCGCACAGGCCGGCCAAGGGGCUCCUGAAAAACGUGUCCCUUAAGUAG